AUAAUGUUAGGGCCUAAGCCUCCACUGGUUUAUGCAUCCCGAGUAAUGUUUGCAACCCCUGAUGUUUUGCUAAAAUUACGUCACUACUACUAGGCAUUAAAAAUGCACUUGAAUAAACAAUUUGAUUAAAUUAUUCUUACUUUGAAAUAAUUGAAUGUUAAGAUGAGGACGUCGCACUCGCGGGUGUUGUCUCCGUCUUACACUCGUACCUGCGACACAAAUGGUUUUAGACGUUUUAGUUCACCAUAGUUUCGAUAGUCGUGUGCUGUCAGUUUUGAUGUUAUAAAAUGAUUUAUAAUAAUAUACGGUUGUUAAAAUAAUUUUGAAUUUUCGCGGGUACUUACCACUACAGAAUCACAAACUGAGAUAUUGUUACACCUACAGGAUGCCGAAUUGCCGAACGACAUCUUGAUUCGAGGACAGAAUAAAUGAAAUUAUUAAAAAAAAAAAUUUAUUCGUGAAAUAUUAUUCUGUGUUAUUAAUUACUACGUGUUUUCGAUUCUCGGGAUUUUCUUUUUUCUCUAAAGUUUUUUUUUUUUGGUAAUAAACUAACAACAUAGAACAUGUUCUUUGAUAAUAAUAAUACUUGGUCGUUGUUUMAYGGUAUAAACCUUAUAAUCAAAUCAACUUUUUUGUUAUCAAUUUAUCUCGAUUCACGUGGUAGUAUCUAUUCUUUGAAAAAUUGAAACCUUUCAUUUGUAGUAUGCAGUAGACAGUAGUAAUUAUUUCAAACUUUCAAAGUACGAGUUCUGCGUACUGUUAUGGAAUCAUAAUAGUUAUUACCUUAGUAUUUAUAUAGAAUAUUUGACUACGAACUUACGAUUUAACACUUACUAAUUAGUGGCUACUGCCUGCACUACUGUUUGAUUGCAUAAGCAUCACUACAUCAAGAUCCAAAACCAAGUACACCUCUAUAAAUAUUAUUAUUAAGAGGAUAAGACAAAAAUAAGUUUGUACUUUGGAUAAGCAAAUCAAUUUUCAACAAUAUUAUUUGAAUGAAUGUAUUGUAAAUUGUUAUUGACAAGUUGCCAAUUACUACAAUUUAAACAUGUCUGAAGUAGACGAACACAUAUCCAAAUUAAGCCAUGAGGAACGGAUGGUUUCUACAGUUGCUGAAAUCAUUCAAAAAUUGUUAAUUGCACAAAAGGAAAACAGAGAUGUAAAUUUGAAUAAGUUGAAGUCUCAAAUAUCAUCAAAAUAUGGACUGAAAUCAUCUCCCCGGCUUGUUGAUAUCAUUUCAGCUGUUCCCAAUGACGCAAAAAAAUUAUUGUAUCCAAAGUUGAAAGCAAAGCCUGUUAGAACAGCUAGUGGAGUAGCAAUUGUUGCAGUCAUGUGUAAACCACAUCGUUGUCCUCACAUAAAUAUGACUGGAAAUAUAUGUGUGUAUUGUCCUGGUGGUCCAGAUUCAGAUUUUGAAUAUUCUACACAGUCAUAUACUGGAUAUGAACCUACUUCAAUGAGAGCUAUUCGAGCACAUUACAAUCCAUAUGUACAAACCCGCCAUAGAGUUGAACAGCUAAAACAAUUAGGUCAUAAUGUUGAUAAAGUUGAGUUCAUUGUGAUGGGAGGUACUUUCAUGAGUUUACCUGAAGACUACCGAGAUUAUUUCAUCAGGAAUUUGCAUGAUGCUUUGUCUGGUCAUACCAGUUCCAAUGUUCGAGAAGCUGUCAAAUACUCKGAAAGAAGUAAUGUAAAAUGUAUUGGGAUUACAAUUGAAACUCGACCAGAUUAUUGUUUGAAUAGACAUUUAACCGACAUGUUAAAUUAUGGAUGUACACGAUUAGAGAUUGGUGUGCAAUCUGUGUUUGAAGAUGUUGCACGAGACACUAACAGAGGGCAUACAGUUAAAGCAGUUUGUGAAACAUUUAAUCUUGCUAAAGACUGUGGUUUUAAAAUUGUAUCACAUAUGAUGCCUGAUUUACCUAAUGUAGAUCUAGAAAGAGACUUUCAACAGUUUAAGGAAUUUUUUGAAAAUCCAGCUUUUCGUGUUGAUGGUUUAAAAAUUUACCCYACUCUUGUAAUGAGAGGUACUGGUUUAUAUGAGCUGUGGCGUAGCGGACGAUACCGUAGUUAUUCACCAUCUGAAUUAGUAGAUUUAAUUGCUCAUAUAUUAAGUCUUAUUCCUCCGUGGACACGUGUGUAUAGAGUUCAAAGAGAUAUUCCAAUGCCAUUAGUUACAUCUGGAGUUGAACACGGGAAUUUACGAGAACUGGCUUUAGCAAGAAUGAAAGAUCUUAACUUACAAUGUCGGGAUGUUCGAACUAGAGAAGUCGGAAUUCAAGAAAUACAUAAUAAAAUUCGCCCAUUUGAAAUUGAAUUGAUACGUAGAGAUUAUGUUGCAAAUAAUGGAUGGGAAACAUUUUUAUCGUAUGAAGAUCCCGAACAAGACAUUUUGAUUGGUUUAUUAAGAUUGCGCAAAUGUACAGAUUCAUUUAGACCUGAAUUAAAAKGAAGAGUUUCAAUUAUACGAGAACUACAUGUAUAUGGUAGUGUAGUUCCUGUUCGAGCGAGAGAUCCAACCAAAUUUCAGCAUCAAGGAUUUGGUAUGCUAUUAAUGGAAGAAGCUGAAAGAAUAUCUUUAGAGGAACACAAGUCUACCAAAAUAGCUGUUAUUUCAGGUGUUGGUACUAGAAACUAUUAUAAAAAACUUGGUUACCACUUAGAUGGACCUUAUAUGUCAAAACAAUUAUAAUUGUUGUUGUAAUAGAAGAUAUCUUAACAAGGUAAAAAUAAAAAAUAAAUGAAAUAUUAUAUAACUAUUUUUCUUGAAUAAAAACAAAGUUAUU